AUGCGAAACGUCGCAACUGACCUCUCCUUCCAGGCCUCAAUUUUCUACCAGACCGACGAUAACUCCAUUGUGAACGGCUACUUCACCUGUAAUUUCGAUACGGGCCAUUACGCCAUCAAGGGCGAGUACGUCAUCUCCGCAACGGCCGGACUCGAGUCCAUACACAACCAGACCGGCCUAGCCGUCGAGCUACUGGGUGCGGAUGAUGGAUAUCGCGUCUUCUUUCACGAUGAAGCAAAGACGGUCAAUGUUUUAUCGUACACGACCAAGACCGACUGGCAAUUGCAGGGGCCAAUUUCGCAGGACCCCGUAGGAGGAAUGGCCUUGACCUCGGUACACUCGGGGCAGCUCAACAUGUCUGUUGUCUUUCCCAAAGACUCGGAAAAUGUCGAAAUAUCGAGGUUUUUCAAAGACGAGAUGUGGCGCCUUGGGAACGCAAAUGAAUCGACGGUAGCAGUCGAUAUCCACCUCGAUUCGACGCUUACUCCGAACUUCACCAUGCCAGCUUUCGCAAGUAACCUGACGUCGCUAGGCGCAACGGUGGAUAAAGCAUAUGUACGCAGCAUCUUCUACCUGGGAACAGAUGCGAAGCUGCAUCAAAUGUCGAACAUCGAUUGGCAGUGGAAGCUCAUGCCUGACCAGGAUGCACGUCUCUGGCCUGCUGCCGAUGUUGCGAGUGGCUCUUUCGCUACAACAAGUAACUUUGACACUAGCGAAGCGUGGAUAUGGUACCAAUCAAACGGGAGCCUGGUUCAGUUAUACCAUGCUGAAGAUGGUCUUUGGAAACAAGCCGUGGUGGUCCCCAGCUUCAACGCAACAAAGGCGGUCGAAGAAGAGCCCCAGGGAACCGCAACGCCUUCAGCUUCAUCGACGGCCACAGCGAAACCAGUUGUCUUGUCGACCGGAGCUAAGGCUGGCAUAGGGAUUGGCGUUUCCUGUGGAGUUGUUGCGCUUGCUGGAGGCAUCCUCCUCCUCCUAGUGCGGAGAAGGCGGCAACGGGCAGCCGAGACCGCCGAGGCAGCUCGUCUGAAGGAAGCCGAAGCUGUUGCUCAAAUGGGACCGUACGGCGAAGGCGGAGUGGGCCCAUAUACGGAAUUCGGAAACUUGACGUGGGGUCCCGAGACGCCGAAUGAAAAACACGGCACCGAGAUACUCGAGGCAGAUGCGGUGGAUACAACCGCACCACAAGAACUAGCCAAUGGAGGCGAAAGAUACGAGCUCGUUGGCGAGGGCCAUUGGAGAGAGAUGGACGCAACAGGGCAAAACAAAGCGAGGAGAAGUAUCGGAGGGUGGAGAGAGGCGCAAAAGGCGGCUGCGGAAAAGUAA